UUCAAAGUCAACUUAUGAUUGGACCAGUUAGAAUUGAUUUAAACACUGACACUCAUUCCAUUUGGUUGAUUAAAAAUGUCAAAAUACGCGCCAAUUUUUUGUUGUUAGGAUUAGUAUAGUGUUGGUAAGAACGGAACUUGGUCAGUUUGUUUCAAACAAACAAAAAAAUUAGCAGUAGUAGUAGUAGUAUGAAACAACUUGAUUGACAAAAAACAUAAAAAAAAGUCAUGGAAUAUCAUAUUGAACAAAAUCCUUCAUUAUUGAACAAUGAAAAUUAUCAUUUGAACAAUCAUUUCUCACUAAUUCAUAAUACACAUAAUGAAAAUGAAUCAAUCUUAUAUGAUCAUUACAUAACUGAUAGUUUACCAGUUGAAAUAAAUCAUCAUUCAGAAUGCAUUGCGAUGAAUAAAUCCAAUCCAGAUCCUGGUCUAUUCAAUCAAUCAUCAUCAGCAUCAUUAAUGUGGUUAGAUGAUAUUUUGGAUGAAGAAAUUCUACCAUUAUCUGGAUUAAGUGAAUUAUCAUCGACAAGUAUACCACCAUUCGGUGGAUCACAUGAUAAUAAUCACUCAGAUGAUAAUGAUGAUUCUAAUUGGAGUGUAUGGUUAAAAACAUGUUCUGCUCAAUCACCUGCGACAGAUAGAAAAGCAAAUAAAUUCAAUGUGAAAUUAUCUGAUGCAGAUUUUUCAAUACAUCAUCAAGAACCCGAUUAUGCACAUCACAGGCAUCAUACACAUCAUUAUCAACAUCAUCAUAGUCAAUAUUCAAAUCAGUGUCAACAUACCAACAGUACAGGCAAGGAGAUGAAUUUACUGAAUGAAGAAUCGAUGGAAUUGAUAAAUGACACUAAUGAGAAUGGUGAACAUGUUCAGCGCCAACAACACCAACAAUCCGAGCAACCACUUAAAGAUACUUCAAUCACGACGGAACUUGUCGUCGAGAAGAACGAUCCACCAGUCCAGCUGGACUAUGCUGAUGAUAGUUUGCCACAUUUCCGAGAUAAAUAUCCACAUCAUCAACAUUAUCAUGUACAUCAUCAUCAUCAUCAUCACCAUCAUCACCAUCAUCAUCAUCACCAUGCUCAACAUGCUCAUGAAGGUCAUCAUGCAUCAUUAUCCAAUCAGCAGAAGUUAUCAUCAUCAUUGAAUGAAAUGACUAAUUGUCCGGUUAUGGAAAAUUGUGAAAAUUGUCAACCAUUAGUAGAUAAAAACCUCACAGACUGUAGCAAUAAUAAUAAUGAUGAAGAGUUUGCACAAACUAUUGAUCAAUUAGAACAAUUGUUUAAACUAGAAUUAACUGAUAUUUGGUGUUCAUCGCAUCAACGUGUCCUACAUUGGUUGAAUGAUAUACAGCAAACUAUGUUCAAAUGACAACAACUGACUACUUAAAUACAAUGUCAAUCAGUAGUAGUAUGGAACAGUGGAGAAUCAUGAAUUAAACAAGGUUAUCACUAUUAUUGAUUUUGUUUUGUCGGCUUCUACAUUCUACAACACCAAGAAAUACACUUUAAUUAAAAAAAUCAUUGAUGAACUUUGUGUAAUUAUUGUGUCAAUGUGCUGCAUAUAUACUGAACUUAGUGAUUUUGACAGACACACACACGCACACACACACACACCACCAGACAAUAUGUGUACAUACAAUAAUAUGCAUAGAUCAAUAUUUUCUUAGUGAUAUUCUCUUUUUCAUUGAACACAUUGUACAUAGUGUUUAACUUUUUCAAACUAACAGACAAACAAGCAAAUAAAUGCUGAAUAAAAACAGUUGUGUAUUUAUC